AUGGCGAAUCAGCAGGGACCAGCCCGCCGCAACGGCGUUAUUGGGUUCAACAUGACGGGUGGCCCCACCCCCGCCAUCCCUCUAAUCGCCCCGCGGUAUAAGGGUCCCAUUCCCGACCCGUCCCGCGGCAAUGGACCUGUUGGCAUUCGCAUGCCGGCUGCUCCCCCUUCUUCUGCUCCGUACCUUAGUCUCCAAUACGACUUCCAAAAGGACCGCCACGACAUCCAGGAUCUGCGACAGAUAGUCGCAGCCGCCGAGUUCAACCUGCAACGUCAAAAACGCCUUGCGGGUGCCGAGGACCGAUUCAAAGGCCUCGCCAAGAACCUCGAUCUAAUGCUUGCCGCGGCCAUGCAAGCCACAAGGGACAGCCAGUUGCGGGCUCGCAGUGCUCCAACUGCUGAGUCCUCCAUCCACCCUGUGUGCAUUGCGCGCCACCAUAUCGUAGGAUCUCAUUUGACUAUCCUUCCCCAAAACUAG